GCAGGCUGAGCCGCUCCUCUUCAUCCUCCGCCUCCUCCUCUUCCUGCCCGUCAGUCCGUCGUCCGUGUCCAGACGGCGCGGACGCUCGUGGUCGCAGGAGCCAGCCAUGGGGGAAUAUUGGUCGGGCUAAUUCAUAUUUGCCGUGCGCGUGAGAGGUGACGACGGCGCUUCGAGGAAGGACGAUGGACCCGCGCGGCGGUGGCCCCCGAGACGUCGCUUGUUGCGCGGUGGGCUUGUGCGCGUGACCAGGUGCAGGGCCCGACACAACACCAUGGCGAAGGUCAACAGCGAAAUCUCCUACUUGACCAGAUGCCGCCUGUCCAGUCGCCCGUCCGACGAGGAGCUGGCUGUCAUCGAAAAUGCAGACAGCAGUCACGAUUCCGAGAGGGCGCUGUCUUCCAAGUCCAGCAGAACUCUUUUCACGGGUCCAGGAAUAAUGGCCAGGCUCUCUUACUUCUUCUACAUGCUGCGCAACUGGGCCUUCAACAGGAUGAACCCCGAGGUAGCGGUGAGGCACGACUCCUUCCUGGAGCGCUUCCGGGGCCCAGAGCUCAAGGAGGUCUGCAGACGUGAGAGCGACGGCCAGUCCACGGGCCGCAACAGCGGACUCCGUAGAAAAAACAAAAAGGAAGAUGAGAUUAAAAAGACAAAGGAUGAGAAGGACGAAAAAAAGGAUGAGAAGAAAGACGUGAAGGAUGAGAAAAAGGAUGAGAAGAAGGAUGACAAAAAGGAUGAAAAGAAAGAUGAGAAAAAGAAAGAGGAGCCCCCAAAGGAGGUUUGGAUCAUGGACCCGGCUGUAGACAUGUACUACAGGUGGCUCACGGUCAUCGCUGGUCCGGUGUUUUACAAUCUGAUCAUGAUUGUCACCAGGGCCUGCUUCAAUGAACUUCAGGACCGCUUCACUAAACUUUGGAUCUUCUUGGACUACACCUCGGACCUCAUCUACUACACAGACACGUUUGUCAGGUCGAGAACAGGGUACCUGGAGCAAGGCCUGCUGGUGAAGGACGCUAAGAAGCUGAGAGCUAAAUACAGGACCACGUCGCAGUUCAAAUAUGACAUAAUUUCCAUGAUCCCCACUGAUCUGCUCUUCCUGAAAUAUGGAUUCAACAAUCCCGAGUUCCGCUUCAACCGCCUCUGCAAGAUCUCCAGGCUGUUCGAGUUCUUCGAGAGGACCGAGACCAGGACCAGCUUCCCCAACAUGUUUCGCAUCAGCAAUCUGGUUCUCUACAUCCUGGUCAUCAUCCACUGGAACGCCUGCAUGUUCUUCGCCAUUUCCAAGACCAUCGGUUUCGGCUCAGACACUUGGGUAUACCCAAAUAUCAGCCACCCGGAGCAUGGACGCUUGGCCAGGAAGUACAUCUACUCCCUCUACUGGUCCACGCUAACCCUCACCACCAUCGGAGAGACGCCUCCGCCGGUGAAAGAUGUGGAGUACCUUUUUGUCAUCGCCGAUUUCCUCACCGGCGUGCUCAUCUUCGCUAGUAUCGUCGGUAAUGUCGGCGCCAUGAUCUCCAACAUGAAUGCUUCCCGUGCCGAAUUCCAGGCCAAGAUCGACUCCAUUAAGCAGUACAUGCAGUUCCGUAAAGUCACCAAAGACCUGGAGGCCCGGGUGAUCAAAUGGUUCGACUACCUGUGGACAGAGAAGAAGACCUGCGAUGAGAAGGAGGUUCUGAAGAACCUGCCGGACAAGCUCAAGGCCGAGAUCGCCAUCAACGUCCAUCUUGACACGCUGAAGAAAGUCCGCAUCUUCCAGGAUUGCGAGGCGGGACUGCUUAUCGAGCUCGUGCUCAAGCUGGAGCCUCAAGUCUUCAGUCCCGGGGACUACAUCUGCAAGAAAGGCGACAUCGGCCGGGAGAUGUACAUCAUCAAGGAGGGGAAGCUGGCGGUGGUGGCCGACGACGGCGUCACUCAGUUCGUGGUCCUCAGCGACGGUGCAUACUUUGGAGAAAUUAGCAUCCUCGGUAUCAAGGGCAGCAAGGCUGGGAACCGAAGAACUGCCAACAUACGAAGCGUGGGCUACUCAGACCUCUUCGCCCUCUCCAAGGACGACCUGAUGGAGGCCCUCACAGAGUACCCCGAAGCGAAGAAGGCUCUAGAGGAGAAGGGCAAGGCCAUCCUGAUGAAGGACAACCUAAUCGACGAGGCGGUGGCUAACGCCGGAGCUGACCCCAAGGACCUGGAGGAGAAGCUGACCAGGCUGCAGGACAAUUUGGAUGCCAUGCAGACCAAGUUCGCCAAGCUCCUGGCCGAGUUCACCUCCAGCCAGACGCGCAUGAAGCAACGCGUCAGCCAAAUGGAGGCCCAGGUGAAGGCCGUCAAACCCGAGGACCUUUCAGAAGUGGUGGCCGACAAGGACAAGAAGGUUCAGUGAAGAAAGAUUUUACUGGGACGGAAGAACUUUCUCACUUCAAAGUUUAAACCUCGUUUUUAUCUAUUUAUACAUCUGUCAGGUUCUGUACGGAGAAUCUGUGUGAAUGCCAUGA